AUGGAAGCAGAACUAGUCAGACAUGUUCUUUUGUUGGAAUCUAGAUUUUUCGGCUUGACCAUUACCGAUUUACGGCGCUUAGCUUAUCAAUUAGCAGAAAAAUACGGACUGAAACACAGAUUCAAUAAUGAAUCGCAAUUAGCUGGUUGGAAAUGGUAUUACACAUUUAUGAAGAAUCAUCCAGAAAUAUCCUUACGAACCCCAGAACCCACAUCUAUGGCUCGCUGUAAAGGAUUUAACAAAGAAAUGGUGAUGGCGUUCUUCAACAAAUAUGAGUCCAUCUUAGACGAAGGUCAAUUUACAGCCGAAAAAAUUUACAAUAUGGAUGAGACAGGAUUGAGCACAGUUCAUAAGCCUUCAAAAAUUUUGGCUCAAAAAGGGAAGCACCAGGUUGGAGCUGUCACUAGCGGUGAACGUGGUGUUAACACAACAUGCAUUUGUUGUAUGAACGCAGCUGGAGAAUUUGUGCCUCCCAUGCUGAUAUUUAAACGUAAAAGGAUGACAGAGAGCUUGAUGCGAGGAGGGCCAUCGAAUACUUUGUAUGAUUGUUCAGAAAGCGGUUGGAUCGUCAGCAUCUUAUUUACCAAAUGGCUUAAACAUUUUAUAAAAUGUCUAAGACUGCAAAAAUCGCAAGAAAAUCAAAUUCUUCUCAUCCUAGAUGGUCAUUCGACGCACACGAAGAACAUUGAUGCAAUUAAUCUUGCUAGGGACUAUGGAAUAAUUAUGUUAUCUCUUCCGGCCCAUACCACACACAAGUUGCAACCAUUAGAUAGAUCAUUUUUUAAAACUCUAAAACAGAAUUUUAACGCUGCCUGCGUGUCAUGGAUGCGAAAUCAUCCUGGAUCUGUCAUAAAACAAACAAAUAUUGCAGAAAUUUUGAAAGAGGCUUAUCUUCGAGCAGUUUGUAUGGAAACUGGAAUACAUGGCUUCGAAUGUUGCGGUUUAUGGCCUUGCAAUCGCUAUAAGAUCAGGGAUGAGGAAUAUGUCAUACUUGAAGAAGAUAAUCUUAGUCUUCCGGAAUCUUCCCGCUCUGAAUUGGUUGAAGUCUCCCAAAAUUUAACAACUGAAAUACAACAAGAACAAACAAGGGCUUUCACGGAUGUGCCACAAUCUAACGAGAUUUCUGUGCAAGAACAGACUGAGGAAGCUAUGCCCCCAAAUCUUCUUGAGGUAUCGAGAAUCCACCCUUUGGAACAGCAAGAUCAAUGUCUAGAAGAGAAAAAGAAAGAAUGUUCUUCAGAGACGAAAGUAGAGGAUUUUAAAGCACAGUCCGUUAGAACGACCCUCGAAACUAUAUCUCCAUUACGGGCUAUUCCUGGAAAUUCAAGGCCACCGAAAAGAAAAACUACAGGUGCUAUUAUUAUAACAGAAAGUCCUUAUAAAAAAGAGCUAGAGGGUAAAAUAGAAGAGUCGAAGAAGAAGAAUGUAUCGAAGAAUCUAAGUGCUAUGAAAACUAAAACACAAAAGGAAAAUAAGAAAAAGAAACAAGAAAAAGAUGAAAAUGGCAGUUGGUACUGCACAUUGUGUCAAGAAGAUCUUAAAGAAACCAUGAUCCAGUGCACACAAUGUGGGAUGUGGGUACAUGAACUUUGUGCAGGAACUAAUAAAAAAACCAAAGAUUAUAACUGCGAUGAUUGCCGAGAAUUGGCGAAGACCAUCCGCCGAAUUUUUUAA